GCGUGCCCAGGUUUGCUGGUUGUAAGAUGCACGUGCGUGGUCUUGUGUGGUUGUAUCUUCACCCCAGCGUGGAGUUAUUAGAAGGGGGUUUCCUGUGCUCUGGUGAAAGGUGGUGGGGUGGGACCCCGUUUGGGUGAAGGAGUGUUUACAAAUCAAAAGGCUCUUCCCCAGCACCUCUAACUGAGGAAAGAUUGUAUGUGUGCCUUCAAACUUCAAAAUUAGCCCUCCAGAUCUAGCUUCUGAUGGAGCAAAAAAAAAAAUAUAAACUGUGACACGGAGGGAAAGUAUAAUCACUUUUUUUUUUUUAAUGGCGCCCCCAAAGCACUGCUUAAACGACCUUUCCUGAAUCAUGACUACAAAUAAAACAGCUUAUGCUAAAAUGCAAUUCUGGCUGGUUAUCCAGAGUUUACUCCCCUUUCCAAGUUUAUUUAAAGAGAAAUUAGAUCCGGGCGUUUAUGUUGGGACUCGAGGAUAAUUCUCAAUCUCGUGCCUGCUCUUUGCCCUCUCCCUCCUCCAUCCAAAUGACAUACACCUUUGUCACACAGACGUUGUUGUGGAUUUCAAUAGAGUUAAUUUCUUAAUAGAAAAUGAGUGGUGAAUAGGAAGACUCUUGAGCCAGGAGAAAGCUCAUUGUGUAAAGAGGAAGCAUGUGUGUGUUAUCAAAACACAUAGGUUAUCUAAAAUAAAUUUAGAGUUUUAAACGUAAUUUGGACCACAUCUCAUAUCUGAGAUCUCUUGUUUGGAAGAAGAGAGAAGUGUGUAAAUUGUCCCGUAACUGAUAUAGACAAGCGUGUGUUGGAAAAAGGGAAGAGGUGGUGAUUUCCUUAGUAAAAGUCAGGGAGGAGCUGACAGGUGUUGUGAACAGCCAUGAGUGCAAACCUUAACUCUUGUCUCUAUCCUGGGCUUCCUCAGGAGUUAGGAUCUGGCUGUUCUGGAGUUUUGUUUUAUGUGUUGGUUUUUUUUUUUUAAGUUUUUGUGGUUGUUGAUGGGGGGUGUUUUGGUAUAUUUUGUGUUUGAGUCAUUUUGUAGGACAUCAGAGACCUUAGUGGGAAUGUUUAGACUCACUAAAUUAAGGAAAGACUAGAGCUUUAAAUAAAUUAUGACAGAAGAGAUGUAUUGGUGUGUGAUGCUAUGUACAGUUCUGUGUAAGCGGCAUUCAGCUUUUGAACUGUUUUCAAAAAACCUGGCCUGCCUCACUGAUGUAUAGCCAUUCUAGUAAUACGAUAUGAAUGUACUUUAAUCAGUCAUGAGAAUGAGCUAGACGUUCGAAAGACUUAAACAAUGAUAGCCAUUGACUUCUCCUCCUCCCAAGAACUGAUCAGUUAGUAAACAACUGCUUGUGUUUAAGGCUGGGUUUCAAAGAGUUAAUGUCCUUCUAAUGGGAAGCUACUUGUCCAGGAUAUUCUGGAGUCUGUCUUUCAUCUUAAGUCAUUUUUAAAGAUAAAACUCAUCUUCCAUUGACAACACUAGGCAAAACUAUGGAAGGACUGGAAAGAAUCAACAGAGAAACUGAGUCAGUCAAGACUGAAGUUGAAGAAGAGCAGAAGAGGCUGCCUCAGUUUACUUCAGCACUUGAAGAGCUAUUGCGAAGCCCUGUGGCCUCCAUUCGUGGCACAAGUGUGAGAGAAGAUUUUCCCGAAGGUAGCCUGCUCCAGAAGGACAAGCGGGAGGAGCCACCCAAGAACAGAGAGGGUCAGCCUGGAAAGCAUGCGGGGGACCACGCGUGUCCGGCAGCCGAUCUUGAAUGUGAUCCUUUGUUCAAUUAUUCUGCAGGGCCAAUGGGGACAUCUGAAGCAAAGCAGGGUGACACUGAUACCCAGCAUUUCUGCCACCUGAAAAAAUCUGUGGGUGAAAAUUGCCACAAGUCCCAGGAGAGCCAGAGACCUUGUGUCUCACCAAUAAGAAUUAAAAUAAAUCUUCAAGAUUCUGAUGAAGAUGACCUUGUGAUAGAUGUAUCUCCGGUCAUGCCUACUUCUAAAAAAUCUAGACCAUUUAGAGGCUUCAAAUACCAGACUAUAGAUGAAAGGGUACAUAUAAUGCCCCUGGAGGAGAGAAACCUUCAAAUUAGUGGCACAGAAGAGGAAAGAGUAGAUAAAACCCAACUAGCUGUGCAAAUAGCUGAUGAUGGUAGCAGACUAGAACCACCCAAAUCGCUCACGAACACCUCACUAGAUGUUAAAAGUAACAUAAACAUGUAUGGUGUUAAAAACCACAUUUCUAGGAUGGGAAGCUUUGGUGGUGAGAAAAAGCAUGUCUGUAUUUCAGAAGAAAGUAUAUGUUGUGCACUUCUCAGGGACAAAGAAACACAGAACACAAGUCAUAAUGCAAGUUGUCCAAAGAGGAAAAACCAUGUAAAAACAAUUUAUGAUACUCAAAAAGAAACCGAAUGUCAGUAUUCAGCAAGCCAGCCGCAAAGUGCUUACUCAGAUGAGCACGCAAAAGGCAGUGUGCUGAGCGUGCGAGGCGGUAGUCAAGACUUCACUACUUUUGAAGACAGCAAAUUAGUGGAAUUUGAUUUUGAUAAGGAGCGUCCUGAAGCUGACACUCCCUCUGAUUCUGGUGACACUGUGAAGGAAUGUCUUCGAAUUUUCAAUGAGUUCACCGAAAGUCAAGCUCAGAGGGGAGAGGCUGCUAAGCAGGCUGGCCAGUUUUCUUUACCCUUCUUUUACUAAAUCUAAAGGAAUUUCCCUUAAGUACAUAUUCUCUGUAUUCUAAACGCUAUAGGAUAUAUUCACACAGACACACACACAACACAUAUAUAUGUUCUACUACUUGUGAUCAAUAAUAUAUUGGAAUGACAAAGCAAAAGCCUUGAUAAUUGGCAAUAGUGUCUUGCAGAUUUGACAGUAUCCGGAGGCCUUGUUAUUACAUACAGUAAUGUAUAGUUGAUUUCCCAAAUUAGAGGAAUCUUUUAUAGGAAUCUCUGCAUAUCAGAUUAUCCAAAUUAAAUUAUUUCUUGUGAAUUGUUUCUUAGUAAGUUGUCCAGUAUUUCGUAGCUUGGAUCCCUGUGGCUCUUCAGGAAACAUGCUGGAUUUACCUUUCCUAUGCUGAUAUUGGAUGAUUCUUAUCUUUAUCUCACUAGGCUUCAGGAAAGCAAAUGAAAUUAGAUAUGCUGUAUUACCAAAACAUUCCUGGACCAAAAAGGAGAAUCGCACACAUUGCCAAGUUUGACGUUCCAACCAGUAAAGAGAUCAUUAGCCCAUUCAGGGGACCAGUUCCCCUAGUUAGUCCCACCGGCAUCCUUCCGGCUCAGCAGCAGGCAGUGCAGAUAAUAGCUGCCGUUAGGAGUGGGCAGGCUUUUGUUGCUGCCACUUCGGAACAGAAGAAAAACGCAUUAGCAUGUCCAGCCUCUCAGACCCAGAGGAAAGCCUCAGGAGAAAAUUCACUUCCAUCAAACAGCUUUGAUCUGGAUGUAGUUCUUUCGAGGGAAAACGCAGCUGCAAAGCCAAGCAGGUCACACGUUCCCGUGAAGAGCAUUGCUGCUUCCCCUGGAAAG